AUGAAUCUCAACCUCUCUGGCACGGUGAACGUAUUCAAGCUUCUGUUCAAGCCCACGCUGUGUCUGCCGCAGCAUACGGUCGCGACGUUCAACGACCUCCCCAUCCCGUUCGAAAAAGCCUUUGAGGGCCAGAAUCGGAAAUGCGACAUCAGGGCCGUGGUGCUCGACAAGGACGACUGCUUCGCGGUUCCCCACACAAAUGAGGUCCACAAGCCUUACAAGGAGCGCUUCGAGCAGCUCAAGGCCGCGUAUCCCGGCCGCCGGCUGGUUAUCGUCUCCAAUACGGCCGGAGCGACGUCCUAUGACAGCUCGCUCAAGCUGGCCAGGGAGCUCGAAGAGGCCACCGGCAUUACCGUCUUGCCUCACAAGACGAAGAAGCCCGGCUGUGGCUCCGAGAUCAUGGAGUACUUCCGCAAGCACCCCGAAACGGGCGUCUCCCAUCCGUCGCAGGUUGCCGUCGUCGGCGAUCGCUUGACCACGGACAUGAUGCUGGCCAACAUGAUGGGCGGCUGGGGAUUCUGGAUCAGAGAGGGUGUUGUUGCUCCCGAGAAGAAGAGCAUUGUUGGUAUUCGCCCCCUUUUAGUCAGGCAAUGGGUUUCUAACUUGGUGACAGCUCUCGAGACUUGA